AUGCAAGGUCAUGUUGGAAAACAAAAUGUGCCUGUUGUAUGUGUUAUUGUUGAAGGUGGAACAAAUACAAUUCGUACCGUACUUGAAUAUGUUACUGAAGAACCACCAGUUUCUGUUGUAGUUAUUGAUGGAAGUGGUCGCGCUGCUGAUCUUAUUGCAUUUACAUAUAAACAUACACAAAAUGACGGAACAAUGGCAGCUGAUUUACAAGAACAAUUAUUAAAUGCUAUUGAAAAAACAUUUAAUUAUAAUCGACGACAAGCUGAAAAAGUUUAUGUUGAAUUAAUUGUAUGUAUGAGAAAAAGACAAUAUAUAACAAUCUAUAGAAUGGAUGAUGAUGGAUCAAGAGAACAAGAAGACGUUGAUCAAGCUAUUCUACGAACUCUUCUUCGAAAUCAUAAAACAAGUGCACUUGAACAAUUUCGUUUAACACUUUCAUGGAAUCGACCUGAUAUAGCUCAAACAUGUUUACUUACAAAACGUUUAGAAUUAACUCAAGCUCAAUUAGAUGUAUGCAUGUUUGAAGCACUAGUCGAUAAUCGUGUUGAAUAUAUUAAAUUACUUAUUGAAAAUGGUGUAUCAAUUAAAAAUUUUCUUACAUUUAAUCGUUUACAAGCAUUAUAUAAUGCAUGUGGAUCAAAUACAACACUACAUUUUAUUGCUAAAGAUGUUAUACGUAGUGCAAAUCAUCAUGUACAAACAAGAGUUUAUUCAUUAUAUGAAGUAGGCCUUAUUAUAGAAAAACUUAUUGGACAUGGUUAUCGUUCAUCAUAUACACGUCGUAAUAUACGUCAUUUAUGUGCACGACAACCAUUUAGUGAACGACAAAAUUUUAAUGUUUAUAUUGAUGCUGAACUAAAAGAACAACAUGCACAAAUUAAUAAUAAUGUAUUGAAUGAUGAUAUGAAAAAGAAUUCAGUGUGUGAAGAUCCAAAAUUUGAUUUUCCUUAUAAUGAAUUGCUUAUAUUUGCUGUUUUAACAAAACGACAUGAAAUGGCAUUAUUUUUUUGGGCGCACGGUGAAGAAGCAUUAGCUAAAGCGCUUAUUGCAUGUCGAUUAAACAAAAGUUUAGCAAGAGAAGCACAAGAUGAUGAACUUGAUACUGAAAUUGCUGAUGAAUUUUUGUCAAAUGCUGAAGAUUUUCAACAAAGAGCACUUGCACUUCUUGAUCAGUGUUAUCAAGAAGAUGAUGUAAAUGCUACUCAAAUUCUUACAUUUGAACUUGAAAAUUGGUCUAAUUGCACAUGUCUUGAUCUAUCUGUAACAGCUUAUCUUCGAGAUUUUGUUGCACAUAAAUGUUGUCAACAAUUAUUAUCUGACUUAUGGAUUGGUGGAAUGAAUGUUCGAAAAUAUCUUAAAUGGAUGGUAUUGCUUGCAUUAUUUUUUCCACCAGCACUUUUCUUUAUCGAUUUUAAAUCAUCGAAAGAAUUACAAUUGAUGCCUCAAACAGAAGAAGAAUAUUUUCAAAAUGAAGAAGAUCUUAUUGAUAGUGAUAAUAAUGAUUAUGAUUCAACUGAUAAUAGUUCCGAAGAUUCAAAAUCAUCAUCAUCAGAUGAAUCACAUGAACCAGUACUGUCUGUUACAGAUCGUGAUGAAGAGCAAACUAAUGAUGAAAUGCAAAAUGAAACAAACACAUUACGAAAACGUAGAAAGAAAAGUCUAAAGAAAAAACGAAAGAAACAAAAUAGUAGUACAAUACAUCCAGAGGAUCAACCAUCACCACCAACAGCAAAUAAUCAUAAUAAUCGAUCGGAUGAUAUCAAUUUAUUUACAUUGAAUAAAUCAACAUCUAAUCACAAUCUACCAUCAACAACUAUACCAAUAACAACAAUAUCAAUAAAUGAACACGAUGAAAUAAGUAAUUCAAAUGAUGUUCCAAAUCAACGACGAACAUUUCGAAAUCGUUUAGCAAAUUUUCAAGCAACAAUUCGUCAUUCGACUAUAUAUCAUUUUAUUUGUAUAUUAUUACGUCAAACAAGAAAAUUUCUUCGUCGUCAUCGAUGUUGGAAAAAACCUGAUCGCGACAUUAAUUCAAAUGAUAGUACAGAUCAAAUAUCAUUAAUGAAGAAAGUUUAUGAAUUUUAUAAUGCACCAGUAACAAAAUUUUUCCAAGAUUUAAUUUUCUUCGUUCUAUUUUUGGCUAUUUUUACUUAUGUUGUACUAAUUCGUACACCACCUAAACCUUCCGUAUGGGAAUGGAUAUUAAUGUCAUAUUUAACAACAGUUGCUAUGGAUUUAAUAAGAGAAUUAUUAACAAUGAGUGAAACGAGAUGGAAAACUUGGUUACCAGUUUAUUUCAAUGAUGUUUUGCAUUUAUAUGAUUCAUUUUCGUGUUUGAUGUUUGCUGUAGCUUUUGGUUUGAGAUUAACAAAUGCCUUUCGAAUUGUUGGAAGGCAAGCGAUUAAAAAUCCUGAUAUGGACUGGAGUUGGCAUUCUGUUAAAGAAAUAUUUCUUGAACCUUAUUUUAUGCUUUAUGGUGAAGUAUAUGCUGACAAAAUCGAUCCAGUAUGUAAUGUAACCGAAGAUCCAACCAAUGCAUCAUGUCAAUUCGGGCAUUUUAUAACUCCUAUUACUAUGACAGCAUUUCUUCUUGUUUGUAA